UCUGCUGCACCCUUAGAAACACAGCACAAAUGGAUCUUUGCCUCUGAGGCAACAUGGAUGGGGAAGGGAUGUUCAUUCAGUCCAUCUACUAUGGGAAAAUUGGAAGCGAGGCCACAGAGAGGCUGAUGGAGAGGUUUGGACAUGAUGGCAGCUUUCUGCUGAGAGACAGUGAAACAGUGCAGGGGACCUUCUGCCUGUGUGUGAGAAAAACACCCUUUGUGCAUACAUACAGACUUGCAUGCUCCACUGAUGGCUGGUACCUCGAGGACUCGAGAGACAGGCAGCCAAGAUUUAGAACUCUGAGCUCACUGAUAGAGCACUACAGAACAGCUACAGGCUCUCAUGUUGGUAUCGCCCAACUCAUUGAUCCACUUGACAAAGCACAAAUACAUCAAGGGCUUGCCUACAUGGAAAUGAACACCAGCAGCACCUCUGAACAAUGACAUCACAUCUUUAGGCCAGCAGGCUGUGAUAAAUUAUAGCUUUUUUUUUUUUUUUAACUUUUCAUGAAGGAUUUUUUAUUCAUAAUUGCUCUGCUUUGUAGGAGUUUAAAAUAAAUCUAUUUUUCAGCACUGAAGAAUAAUUUAAAUGUUUUUUAUUUUUUUUGUUGUUUUUAUUGCUGUGGUUUGUUGGUGAGGUUCCCAGGUCACAGUGAUCUUAAGCUGCCUUCUCGGUUCAAAGAUGGUUUAAAUCCAGCUUUAGAUGGCUUCCAUUCUGUCCAAAAUGUGUAUAUUACUGUUUUAAAAAGAGGUUUUAUAUUUCUUGAGGUUGAAUUUUGACACAAGUUGGUUUUAUUGAGCUUAUACAAGGGAAGAAAACCAUAGAGGUGUUUUAGAUGUGUGGAGGCAGAGGCACAUCUAGGGUUACUUGGGCCCCAGACAAUUUUUCACAGUGGGCCCCUCCUACCAGCGUCCAUCAGCCUUAUUAUGAUGUUGUAUACUUAUGACAACAAUAAAAUGUUAAUAUCUUUAAAGACAUUGUUGUUAUAGCAUUAAAUUCUUCAACUGCAGCUUUGAAAAGUUCUUUUAGAGCUUUCACUUCUGCUACUGACUUCUUCAUUUUUUGCUAUUUUUAUUUAAUUGAACUUAAAAUAUGUUUUAUUGCAGUUCCAAUACAGAAGAAUAAACUUCAGGCUGUAUUGUGACUCUUUAGGAUUUUACAGCUAAUGCAGCACUCAAUCCUGGACACAUAUGAGAAAUAAAAUAUAAAUACCACCGACACACAAUAACUUCCAUCCAUGCACCUUUAGUAGUACAUUAUAAGAUUUCUGGCCUAUGAAUUCUAUAAUUUAACAUUCUUAGCUUUACAGUUUAGCUUAACUGGAUACAGUUUUUAUUUGAUAUUAUCUAAGUUAUCUGCUAUUAUUUUAAGCCUGAUGACACCCAGGAACUCACCAGGAGGACAGACUGAGCUGCUUUGAGCCAAAUUAGCUUCUGAAAUAUCUGAACUACUUACCACUGUUCUGAUCUCUUUUUUCCUCUUCAUGUUUUUUAUCUUUCUUUUGUCAGUGUUAAACAAAAAAAAAAAAAACUUCUCUUCAUUUUUAUAAACCCGCUCUCACCUGUUCGCUUAGAUCAAACACACAAUUACUCGUGGUAAGUCCGAGACGUGGGGCCUGUGGAGGAAAUUUACGUAUUAUUCUUUAUUAUUCAUCUUUUUAUUAUUCAGUUUAUUUUUUUCUUAUUAUUCUUUAUUAUUCAAUAAUAAUCUUUUUAUUGUUCACUUUAUUCAUCUUUAUUACAUUUAUUAAACACAUUCCAUUAUAUAUUCAUUUUUUAUUAAUUUUUAUUAAUCUUUAUGGAUUAUCUUUUUUAUGGAUUAUCACUUAUAUAUUUUUCUGAGUACAAGUGAUGACCUGAGAGACUCUGACCCUGGACUGGGAACAGUGUAGUUUCUAAUAGGAGACACUGGGUUGCAUAAAGACAGGACAUCUGCAGUAUAGGACAGAUUGGUAAGAGAUAGAAGCAAGCUGUCUUAUCUGGUCAUUCAGGGUAUCAUGAAACACGGCUUAGAAAACAGCUUUCUUUGUCUUUGCUCGUCAGUGCGUCCUGAGACCACCUGCUGGUCGGAUGCAACGCUCUCUUUGUAGAAGUCUUUUUAUUUCCCUGUAAUGAACUUUGUUAACCCCCCCCCCCCUACAAAGGGAGUUUUUCAGUGGUCAGCCACUGUCGCUGCAAACUCUCCUCAUAACUGCUCUGUCUUGAUUCAAAGUUGGUUGGCCCUCUGGGGUCCCCUUCUGACUCGGGGGUCCCAGUAUUUGCCUGGUUUGUAUCUUCUACAAACACAUCACUCAUGUACAUUCAAACCCAGCAACAUCCUCCAACAGAAACUGGUUCACCCAAAGGACAAAACUCCCCAGCACAAGCUGAGUAAGGCCUUUAUAUGGAAAAAAAAAAAGCAAACUACUUCAUAAACACAGGAGAGCCAUCUC